GAAUGUUUUCCAUUGUAUCUAUGUGAGAUAAAUGGACUUUUUCCCCACUGGCAUUAUUUUAUCAAAGUACAGGAAACAGUAGUUGACAAUGUUGGUGGGUCCGUUGUUGGGCUUUGGAGCAGCGAGCUCAAAGUCGCCACACUUCAUUCUGUUCCUGAAGAAGUUCGAAAUGUAAGAGCAGAGAAUAUAAAAUCCGACAGUAUGACAGUAUGUUGGGAAAAGCCAUGUUUUCUCAACAGUGAUGCAAUAUUUUACAAUAUGACAUUAGAUGAAGAUACUCCAUAUAUUAUGAUAUCUAGAUCUGGAGCAAUACCGGGAACAGAAUGUACAAAUAUCACUAAUUUGUUACCAUAUACAAAUUACACUAUAUCUGUCGCAGCAAGUAACCAGUACGGGAAAGCUGACACUGUAAUUAUCGUGAAACAAACUGAUAUAGCAGUGCCAAAUCAACCCAGAUUUAGUUGCAUUGUAGAACAUGCCACAAUGAUGAUAGUAGAAUGGAAACCACCAUAUCCUUACACUGGUCCUACAAACUACACGGUCACAGUCAGGGAUAUAGAAAAUAGUGAAACCAAAGAUUGCCAAACAUUAGUGUAUAAUCAGACAAGAUGUUCUGUGUAUGGUUUAGAGGAGUACUGGCAGUAUGAAGUUACUAUAACAGCUCAUACAGAAAGAGGAACUACACAAUAUAAACAUCCACAUAUUAUUCAGACUAAACAAUCAGCACCAGGUCCAGUUACUUAUCUGAGAGUAAAUCACGAAAAAGCCCAUGAAAAGCCACGUCUAGUCUUCAUAACCUUCAGCCCUCCUGUAUUCAGGGAGAGAAAUGGUGUAAUAAAGGCUUACUAUGUCAAAUGUUAUGACACAAGAACACACAGAGAUAUACAUUUGGUGAAACUGAACAAUAAUCUGACUGAACUGAAGAUGAUCGUACCAGACCAAGUUCUCCUUAAUAUCAGUGUUUUUGCAGAAACUGUUGCGAAUGGAACAGAAGUUUACCAAACAGUGUUUAUACCAGAAGGAGAAACAAACACUCCAUUGGUGUCCUCGGUGUCAUCGUUACCAUUAGUUUUUGCUGUUAUCGGAUGGACCCUAGCCGUUGUGUUAGCUGGUACAACUGUAUUUUACAAGAGACAAUGGCAUAGCCAGCAAAGUAACACCCCAGUUUCGUCAAAUGCAAACAUUAUCGAACUGAGUGGUGCCAAUGAUCGUUCAGACUACAUCAACACAGGUGCUACUGAAGAUACCGAUGGACACUAUGAGAGUGUCAAAUAACAAACCACUAAACUAUCAAUAUAUGUAUAUACAGAUAGUGUAUUACUUUAAAUAUUUUAUCUGUCAAUGAUUAUGAAUUCGUAUAAUUACUUUUCAAGUUUGCAAAUUUGGGUUUUGAAAUUGAUGCAUAACCCUGAAUUUUAAGAUAACAUUUCAAUUAAAAAAAGUGUUCAGAUAGCAAAUACAGACAAUAGUAGUAUAAAAGUAGUGGUUAAAAGUCACAAAUCGAUUUAACUGAAACAAUUCCGGGUCACAAACCAAACUUUAGGGAAUCAUAUCAGCUAUAAUGUGGAGUAGGAUCUGCUUACCCUUCCGGAUCACCUGAGAUCACCCCUAGUUUUUUAUGGGGUUCGUGUUGUUUAUUCUUUAGUUUUCUAUGUUGUGUCGUGUGUACUAUUAUUUUUCUGUUUUUCUUUUUCAUUUUUAGCCUUGGCGUUGUCAGUUUGUUUUAGAUUUUUGAGUUUGACUGUCCCUUUGGUAUCUUUCGUCCCUCUUCUAUAAGAGAGAGAAAAUCAAACAGCCAAAACACUGAACUGCUACGAAAAACAAACGCCACCAUACAUAGAAACGGACUAUGUGAUAGCAACUACUGUAUUGUAAGAUUGAAUAAAAAUCAUACAAUAAAAAGGAGUAAAUCAUUAAUUAAAGCCAUGAUGCUUUUAAUUUUUUCAUUCUUCUGAAUGUGUUUACGUAUCAGUACAAAACAUACUGAUUUUAACGCUUCUUGUUUGUCUGCAUGUAAUGUCCGAGGAACAGUGUCGUCAUUUCUUUUAUAAAUCAGUGAGAAAUAAGCAGUUAAUAUUAACAAUGAAGUUUUAUUUAAAUUGUUAUAUAAAAUUUUUGAGAAAGUUACAAUAUUUAAUAUUUCCAUUUUGUUAAAAAAUAAUCAUAUCUGUUUCUUAAAUCUAAAUUCGUGUUAAUGAUUAAAAGUAUUGUACUGGAGAACCACGUUUUGUCAAACUUAAAUUAAAAUAUCAGGAUAAAAAAAAAACAAUGAAUAAGUACCCGCUUGCUACGUGUACAUACACCUAUUCUAAUUUGCUUUUUAAUCAAUAUUUAAUAUACGUUAUUUGUAUUUGAAUAUCCCUUAUCGGAAGUUUCGUUAAGAAAGACUUUUAUUGUACCAACUUGAGCCCAUUUGCCUCAUACAUUACAAUGUAUUUACUU